AUGGCUGAUGCACCUCCUCCCACUCCGACCGAGCUCCUCCGGAUGGUGACGGAGGUCCAGGAGGCAAACCAACGUAUGGCUGCAGCAAACCAGCAUAUGGCGAAGGAGAAUCAGAGAAUGCAACAGCAGAUUCAGCAAUUAAUUAAUGCUCGUCUUGAACACAAUGAUGAUCGUCAGGAGCGACAUGGACACGAUGAACGCCAAUCCGAGCCGACCCAUAUCUCGGAGACACCCCAGGACGACAAUACCAACCCCCGAAACGAGGAACCUCAGCCAGAAGAUGAGGAUCAAGAACCUGACAACUCUGCCGGACCAUUUACGGCGGAGAUUAUGAAUUUUCAAUUGCCCAGACAAUUCACACUGCCGACAACUUUAGUCCCCUACGACAGUUUAGGGGACCCCAAACAGCACAUAAAGAAAUUCCGAUCUAUAAUGAUUGUUAACGGUGCAUCCGAUCCGAUUUUAUGUCGUUGUUUUCCUUCUUUUUUGGAUGGCCCUGCACUUGACUGGUUUUGCUCUUUGCCUGUAGAUUCCAUCUCACGAUUCCAGGAGCUGGCGAAGCAAUUCGAAGAUCAUUUUGCAGCAUCAGCUAUAUACUUACAUGAUUCUGAUUAUCUAACCACUAUCAAGCAGGGCCAACAAGAAAGUCUGAAGGACUACAUUACUCGUUUUACAAAGGUAGCUAUGAAAAUCCCUGAUCUCCACCCAGAAGUCCAUUUGCAUGCCAUCAAAAGCGGCCUCCGCCCCGGAAAGUUUCAGGAAGCCAUUGCCGUAGCUAAACCCAAGACUCUAGCCGAGUUUAGGGAAAAAGCCAAAGGACAGAUAGAUAUUGAGGAACUCCGUCAGGCCCGGAAGGCAGAGAAGUCAGCAACUACGAAGGACGAAGAUAAACCCCGGGAGACCAAAAGGAAUUUCCGACCAAUGCCCCGUUACGAGUCAUAUACCCAGUUCAACACCAAGCGAGACGACAUCAUCAAAGAAAUAUUAAAUUCCAAGCUAAUUAAGCCACCUCGCAAAGCCGGUAGUUACCCUGAGCCGAAGAAUAUUGAUAAGUCCAAGUAUUGCACAUUUCAUAAAAAAUAUGGUCACAAGACCGAUGAGUGUGUAAUCGCAAAGGAUCUACUAGAACGCCUAGCAAGACAGGGCCACCUUGACAAAUUUAUCUCAGGUCACAUUCAAAAAAGGGCGGUGCCGACCACCGAACAACCUCUCGUAGGGCAAUCAUCAUCAGCAAAAGACAAAGAAAAGGCCCCCGCUCAACCUAGGGGCAUAAUCCAUUGUAUCUCUGGAGGGUAUGCUGGGGGCGGUAACACAAGCUCGGCAAGGAAGCGAACUUACAGAGCAAUGUUAGCGCUCGCGGAUACCACCCACAAUCCACAACAAACACAAGAACUCCCAGAAGUGACUUUCCGAUCAACCGACUUUAUUUGCAAAGAUGCAAACCUAGAUGACCCUGUUGUCAUCUCUAUUCAGCUAGGCGAUCUAAUUGUUCGAAAUGUCCUCCUAGACCCAGGAAGUAGUGCUGACGUUCUAUUCUUUACUACAUUUGAAAAAAUGAAGCUGAGUACUAACAUUUUGCAGCCAUCUAUUGGAGACCUUGUAGGUUUUUCAGGAGAACGAGUACCCGUUAUGGGUUCCGUAUGGCUGCAGGCCACACUAGGCGAACAACCGCUCUCUAAGACACAGGAUAUUCAAUUCCUUGUUGUUGACUGUUUUAGCUCGUAUAACCUCAUUUUGGGUAGGCCCUUUUUAAAUAAAUUUGCUGCAAUAGUAUCUACCGUCCACCUUUGUGUCAAGUUUCCAGUGCAGGAUAAGGUAAUAGCCACGGUCCACAGCGAUCUCCAAGAAGCUCGGCACUGUUAUAACGCAAGCCUGAAGCCUAUCAAAAGAACGGCUGCGUGA